AUGGUGAAAAGCCAGGAAUAUUGGAAGAACCUGGUUAACACUGAUCCUGCCCGCGUUACCUCGUACCUCAAUGCCUUGACGAAAUUCUCACCAGCUGCCUACAGUAGUCUACAUCCUGGCAGGACGUGGACCGAUAGAUAUGGUCAUGAUAUGGGUGACCAACCUUAUGCUGCAUCCGCUAUCUCAGAGACCGUCGUGCCAGGCUCCGACCCUGUCGAAAUCGCUUCUGGAACUCGAUGGCAGUCCCUCGUCCGCGCGGGGAUCACAGAGGCCAUAUUACGCUACCUCCUCACAAGCCCGCUUGAGGCUUCCUACACGCUAUGCGUGGAGAAUAAUGAGUUCCCUACGGAGCUCUCGAGCUUCAGAGCUUGGCUAUGUAUACUCGAACAUGGUGCUAAGAUCAUGGAACGCUUCCCAAGUUCUGCAAACCAAAAGUACCUGAUCUCUAUGACACAGAACUGGAGAAAACUGAUGCAGCAUGCUACCCUCACCAUCCCUGUCAUCACACGCUUUUUCAUUCACGCUACUGAGGCAGAAGACAUCUUCUCAUCUAUAUUCACACUGGUCAUACUUUUUAACCACUCCGACACGAGCAUUUUCGACCGCGUCUUGUACGGCAUACCAGACCAUAGCUUCGACCUCUUCUUCGAUCGAUUGGCGCACAGUAUGCCAAAGCUGGACGACGACUCUAUCCUGUUAGCAGUCCAAAUGCUCGACAGCCUCUGCUUCUCCGCCUGUCGCCUUUCCCAGGAAUCGAGAGAGCUCACUUCGACACAUCAAUUCCUAUACGCCCUCUUCCGGUUCUCUUCCCUGUUCUCCGACCUAUGCUCUAGAGUCGUAGCCUCUUGUCGAGGUAGUACUAGGAUGCAAUCUGGCCAAACUGUUGGAGAUGACGUGGCUGCUCACACCGCUAGCUCUCAGACGUCGAGUCUCAACUCUGUCUCAGGUUUACGUCGACCUGAAUUCGUUAACAUGGUCAUUCGGACCGUGGACGGUUGUGUACUCCAUGCACUUCAUCACGAACCGCAAGAGGCAAAAGGAUUCGUUAAGCUGUGCACACGGGCAGGCCUCAUCGACAUGUUCGAGAGUGUCCUUGCCUCUGAGGGACCUCUACACGCAAAAACGCCUUAUUCACCGGCGCAGAUUAUGCGUGCUUUUGAUUCCGGGUGGCAAUGUCCAAUGCGUCAUCGUAGCUAA